UUUGGAGAGCUGGUAGUUUCCAUAUUUACAUUUCCCUGUUUGGAAUUUUCACUGUACCCGAAGACGGAUCUUUGGCCUAUUUGAGGAGUUAAACUAGGCACGUUUGUGUAACAGAACAGAACCAACAAUCUCAAGUAGAUCAGACGUUUAUUAUCACAACCGACUCUAAGAUUUCUCGAUAAUGUCUGCCCAAAGUAGUGGAGAGAACCCUGAUUUUAGAGGAAUGUUGGUGCGUUUGUCAAACUUGUUGAAAAAAGAUGAUCUUGUGGCCAUGAAAUACAUGUGUAAAGAUAUAAUAGGAAAACGUGACUUGUCAAAGAUAGAAAGUUUUUUCGAAUUGUGUGACAAUCUAGAAAGCCGUGAUUUUCUUGGUGGUAACAAUGUAAUCUUCUUACAAAAACUGCUCUCUGGAUGCUGUUCCGGAAGAAAGGACGUAUUGCAUGUUUUGGAAAGUUACAAUAAAACCCGAAACAAUAUUAGCAAUGGAACAGCUUCCAACAAUACACAGAAUGUACAGUUUGUGCCAGCGAAUGUUAACCCACAACAGAUUGUUUACAUGGCACCAAUGCCUGUUCCGGGUUUCUCCAGUCAUCAAGUAUCGCCAAGUAGUGCCAGUUACUCUUCACCAACUUAUGGAUACAAACACAUUGAAAAAGAAAUAAACUACCUAACAAGGAAACUAGGAAGAGAAUGGCGUUUUUUCAUGCGCACCUUGGGAAUAUCAGAUUACGACAUGGCUGAGAUGGAACAGCAACACCCACGUAACAUGCGUGAACAGAUCCAUGGCUGUUUUGUGAUCUGGGUACAGCAGAAUAAAGGGGCCGUACACAAGAAGAUGCUGACGAAGGCUUUGAUGGACGUUUCUGUGGAGAGAUUUGAUCUUUGUGCUAACCUGGAGGAAAAUGACUUUUCUUAAUUUUGUAUAAAGAGAAGAAACACGGUUAUGAAGAUUCAUGACCUGUAUGCUUGUCCUUUGAUUAUUGAAGACAUGAAGAUCAUGGCUGUUUUUGAAAUAAUCAACAUAUGUGUGUGUAUUAUGGUGGAAUAUAUAAUGAGGGUGAGAAAAUGUGGGGAAAAUAUUAAUAAGCGACCCAAGUUGAUGAAUCCCAGUUACAUACGCCACCAUAAUGGGCAAUCAUUCAUUGAUUAUAUCUUUCUACCAAGUAAGAUGUAAUGAAAGUCUUUUUCGUGUCUGCCUCAUUGUCCAUACACAUAUGAUAACCAAAAUGACUUAGAUAAUCUAGUUAUUUAAAUCAGGCUGUUGCAUACAUGUGCAUGCUAAUAUUUGUCACAUGAAGCCCGUAUGUCAUUUUUAGCUCCACUGGCCCCUGGGCCAAGUUUGUUCAAAUGAAUGAUCUUGACUUAUAUUCAAGGUCACAGGGGUCAAAUAUAUUAAAAACUUUAAACAACUUCUUCUGAAAAACCAAAAGGCCUAGGAUUAUGAUAUUUGGACAGUUACAUGCUCAGAUAAAAAAAAAAAAGCACUUGGCUUGUUCUAAUUAAUGACCUUUAUCCAUAUUCAUGGUCACGCAAGCAGAUGGCAUAUCGUUCUCCAUCAAUGAAAAGUGUCAUUACAUUGCAAGCGUGUGACAGUAUAUUGUAAAUCCUGGAAAGCAGAGUUUGAUAUACUGUCAAUUGACCUUGAUAUUAAUAGAAGCAUUUAUCUUUAGUUCAUGUCCUAAAGAUAAGAAUAUACGGCAUACCAUGUAUUUAAUUGUGGAAAAGAAAGUCACUGCAGAAAUAUAUAUGGGAAGCAUUCAUUUGCAAGCAGAUCGAAAAAGAAAUGUUGAUGUUCUUAUUUUGUACAUAUAUUAAUGUCUAUUUCAAUCACUUAUAGAAUGAAUUUCUUAAGUCUGUGAGGUGACAUGUCAUUUUUCAGGCUGUGGCAAUGCUGUGUGUGUAUAGCUACUCAGACCUGGCAAUUAGUUGUACAGGUAGUAACAGACUGACAUGUUUUACCUUGAUUGUAGAUUGUCAUCCUCUCCAACUGAGAAAAACAAAUAAUAAAAAUAAAUAAAAAUAACCUAUGGAAAGAUCUAUUUAUAGAUUCCUAGGGUACACACUGAUUGAAACCUUAGUUGCAUUGCAUUUUUCAGUAAAAGUUGUAAUAAUUUUGUAGUUUUAUUUAUUCACCACAUAAGUAUUUACUAUGAGCAAAUAGAACUACAGUUUUGUUAAUACUCGGUCAUAACAUGGAUCUUCAUCCAAUAAUCAUAUAUAUACAUUUCUGGUCAUUAAAAUAUAUUACAAGGAUUGUAACCCAUGUUAGGAUUCACCCAUUUGGACGUGGUCCUUGGGACGUAACAUGAACAUAGAUGAGUUCUCCAACCUAUGACCUUAAUAUAAAAUAGGUGGCAUGAAGAAACGAACACAAUCUUGCUUCCAGGAUUUACCCUGGGGUUCCACCCUACCUCUCGUGACUUUGUUCCUUGAUCAUAACAUAUAAACGAUAAAAAUACCCACCAAAUGAACAUUUUUAAUGAUGCAAUUAAUUGCAUAGACAAGAAGAAACAAGUAAAAUCAGAAAUGGCCCAGAAAUAACAUCUUCGUAAUACGGAAAUGCACCAGAUCCCAUAAAAUUGUAUAAUACGGAUCUCAACAUUUACUGCGAACCUCUCUUAGAUUCCUUGGGUCCCGAAAAUUAGUUGUAGAAGCUGAGAUUGAGAUUACAAAAUAAACAUGAGAACAAUA